AUGGCGGACGGAGGAGCAGCGAGUCAAGAUGAGAGUUCAGCCGCGGCGGCUGCAGCAGCAGACUCAAGAAUGAACAAUCCGUCAGAAACCAGUAAACCAUCUGUGGAGAGUACAGAUGGCAACACAGGCACACAAACCAAUGGUCUGGACUUUCAGAAGCAGCCUGUGCCUGUUGGAGGAGCAAUCUCAACAGCCCAGGCUCAGGCUUUCCUUGGACAUCUCCAUCAGGUCCAGCUCGCUGGAACAAGUUUACAGGCUGCUGCUCAGUCUUUAAAUGUACAGGCAAAAUCUAAUGAAGAAUCGGGGGAUUCACAGCAACCAAGCCAGCCUUCCCAGCAGCCUUCAGUGCAGGCAGCCAUUCCCCAGACCCAGCUUAUGCUGGCUGGAGGACAGAUAACAGGGCUCACGUUGACACCAGCCCAGCAGCAGUUACUACUACAGCAGGCACAGGCACAGGCACAGCUGCUGGCAGCUGCAGUGCAGCAGCAUUCUGCCAGCCAGCAGCACAGUGCUGCUGGGGCCACCAUCUCCGCCUCCGCCGCCACGCCCAUGACACAGAUCCCCCUGUCACAGCCCAUCCAGAUCACCCAGGAUCUUCAGCAAUUGCAACAGCUUCAACAGCAAAAUCUCAACCUUCAGCAGUUUGUGUUGGUGCAUCCAACCACCAACUUGCAACCUGCGCAGUUUAUCAUCUCCCAAACGCCCCAAGGCCAGCAGGGUCUCCUGCAAGCGCAAAAUCUUUUAACGCAACUACCUCAGCAAAGCCAAGCCAACCUCCUACAGUCGCAGCCAAGCAUCACCCUCACCUCCCAGCCAGCAACCCCAACACGCACAAUAGCAGCAACCCCAAUUCAGACACUUCCACAGAGCCAGACAACACCAAAGCGAAUUGAUACUCCCAGUUUGGAGGAGCCCAGUGACCUUGAGGAGCUUGAGCAAUUUGCCAAGACCUUCAAACAAAGACGAAUCAAACUUGGAUUCACUCAGGGUGAUGUUGGGCUCGCAAUGGGUAAACUAUAUGGAAACGACUUCAGCCAGACAACCAUCUCUCGCUUUGAAGCCUUGAACCUCAGCUUUAAGAACAUGUGCAAGUUAAAGCCACUUUUAGAGAAGUGGCUAAAUGAUGCAGAGAACCUCUCAUCUGAUUCAUCUGUCUCCAGCCCAAGUGCCCUGAAUUCUCCAGGGCAAGGAGUGGAGGGUUUGAAUCGUAGGAGGAAGAAACGCACCAGCAUAGAGACCAACAUCCGUGCAGCCUUAGAGAAGAGUUUCUUGGAGAAUCAAAAGCCUACCUCAGAAGAGAUCACCUUGAUUGCUGAACAGCUCAAUAUGGAAAAAGAGGUGAUUCGUGUUUGGUUUUGUAACCGACGCCAGAAGGAAAAAAGAAUCAACCCACCAAGCAGUGGUGGGACCAGCAGCUCACCUAUCAAAGCAAUUUUUCCCAGCCCAACCUCACUGGUGGCAACCACACCCAGCCUUGUGACAAGCAGUACAGCAGCUACCCUCACAGUCAAUCCUGUCCUUCCCCUAACCAGUGCGGCAGUGACUAAUCUCUCUGUUACAGGCACUACAGACACCACCUCUAACAGCACAGCCACCGUGAUUUCCACAGCACCUCCCACUUCCUCGGCAGUCACGAGCCCUUCUCUGAGCCCUUCACCUUCUGCCUCCGCCUCCACCUCUGAGGCAUCCAGUGCCAGUGAGACCAGCACAACCCAAACCACCUCCACUCCUCUGUCCUCUCCUCUUGGGACCAGCCAGGUGAUGGUGACAGCAUCAGGCUUGCAAACAGCAGCAGCUGCCGCUCUCCAAGGAGCUGCACAGUUGCCAGCAAAUGCCAGUCUUGCUGCCAUGGCUGCUGCUGCAGGACUCAGCCCAGGCCUAAUGGCACCCUCGCAGUUUGCAGCUGGAGGUGCCUUACUCAGUCUCAAUCCAGGGACCCUGGGCAGUGCUCUCAGCCCUGCUCUGAUGAGCAACAGUACACUGGCAACUAUUCAAGCUCUUGCUUCUGGUGGCUCUCUCCCAAUAACAUCACUGGAUGCAACUGGGAACCUGGUGUUCGCCAAUGCUGGAGGAGCCCCCAACAUCGUGACUGCCCCUCUGUUCUUGAACCCUCAGAACCUCUCUCUGCUCACCAGCAACCCAGUUAGUUUGGUUUCUGCUGCUGCCGCCUCCACAGGGAACUCAACACCUGUCGCCAGCCUUCACGCCACCUCCACCUCCGCAGAGUCCUUGCAGAACUCUCUCUUCACGGUGGCCUCUGCCAGUGGGGCUGCAUCCACCACCACCACCGCCUCCAAGGCACAGUGAGCUGGGCACAGAACUGGCCACCCAAGCCUUUGUCACUGCAGUGGGAUCAGGCUGCCAGCCAGUUAGUAAACUGAAAAUGUGAUCAGCUUCCUUUCACCGUGCUGUGAGGGCAAGGAGACAAAGGAGAGAAGAGAAGUACACAUACCAGAAAAAAACAGAUAACAUUUGCCUAAUUUUAUAAUAAAACACUGUCUUUUCAGGAUUGCUUCAUGGAUUGGAGAACUUUCUAACCAAAAAUUAAAAAAAAAAAAAAAACCAGAAACAAAAAAAAAAAAAAUCAAAAACAAGUAAGUUUUUGUUUGAAAGGACUACGUAUCAUUUCCAGCAGUCAUGAUGACAAGGUGGGUUAUCAAUUCCAGUAUAGGAAGGGGGUUUCUUGUUUAUCUAAAUUUCUUUUUUCUUAAAAAAAAAUCAUUUUUAUGGGUCUGUUGUACAGGCCAUUAAGUCAUGACAAGGUGUUUAUAAUCGUAACAAUUGUGUUGGGGUUCCUUUCUUAACUGGUACAAUUUAGGCAGGCCUGUAUUACUGUAUCUAUUAUUGUUGUUGUUAUUAUUGUUUUUAUAUAUAUAUUAUAUAGAGAGAGAGAGUUUGGACAUGUUUAUCUCUCGCUCCUGGAUCCUGUUUCAGUGAGCUCCCACACUGUGGGGAGGGAGGGUUUGAGGUAAGGGGAGACUUAACGUUCUUAUCUGCGGGGAAUGUUCUUGCUGGUUUCCUUAUCCUUGAUGACUCUUACAGAGGUGCUAGAAAAUUAUUUUCUUUUGCCACUUAUGCAAGAGGCUUGGUGCAGAAGCUGAAGGCAGUGUGUGCAAACACUCCCACUUCACACACACCCCUCCCCCAUCAGGUGGUGCCUUUGGAGCACUUUUGUGUAGGAAGGAAUUCCUGCUGAACUGUAGCUCUCACUCACCCCAAAUCAUGGAAUGGCCCUGAGGCCCAGGUCCUGUGGUGCAAUAGUGCUGCUUUCUGCUACUUCGAAUGGGAAUAGCUGCACAUGUUGCAGGACAGGGUUUGGUUCUAAAGAGCAAAGACUACUGCAGACACCUGACUCGGUGGUUCUCCUGAUUUCUUAUCUCCUGAAAAAUGCUCCUACUGUUGAUUUAUGUUUUUUUGUGUCCCAUUUUAUGACAGUUUUUCAUCCAAACUUUGACUUACUUGGCAGAGAACAAAUUGACCUAUUGAAAUUGGGAAACAUUUCCCUUUUGUUUUCUGAAGGAAUUCUACUAGAGUAUUUCCCAUCCAUUAUAUGUCCAGAAGAGGCUGAGGAGAAUCUGAGGUUGCCACCUUUUCCUCUAGACAGGUACCUAUCUGCUAGGUGGCUUAGAACUUCCUCAAACCCUGAGAUCCUCCUCUGUUCCCUAACAGAGGCACUUACUGGCCAGGCUGUAUUGGGGUUGUAGAACCUUUACAGAAAGGCUGAGCAGGAACUUGUACACACCAUGUCUCCUGGCUUAUCUGGGAUGCUCCUGCUAGGUAUCUCUUUAUUCAUUGUAGAAAGUGAUUAGCUCCUGUUAUUGUUUUCAGGGUGUUUCUAGACUACAUAAAUGAGCCCAUUUUUUAAAAAGCGUGUGAAAUGGAUAAAGAAGAAUGAGAGUAAUUUAAAAAUUAAAUUCCCCUUUUUGCCAGUUAUAUAUCUGUACCAAAAAUGUCCCCAAGAGACUGGAUCACUGCAAUGUCCAUCUACAUCCCUCUUUAGAGUGUAGUUAAAGGUUCCUAUUUGGUGUCUAGUGCUCAAUCUCCACUGAUCCUGAGACUGCGUUUUGUCCCCCUUUUGUGCUGGGGGUUGAAGGAGAGCUAACAAGUGACUUUCCUUCUGAUUGUUUUGCUUGUAGCCACAAGGGAGCUGAGAUUCAUCUAUUUGUCUCUCUUGACCACUGUUCAGAAAGGCAGUAAUAGACACAGAUGUGUACUUUUGUUUGUGAUUCAAGUAGGAGACAGUCAUAUUAAUAUUAAAGGUCAGAAACAUUUUAGUCCCCCCUUUUUUGGGGGGUUGGCUCAGCCCACCAAGGGGGUGGGGCUGGCAUGGCAGAUAGUGUCAGAAAGCUGGUCCCCAGUCCUCUGUGGCUGCUUGAGCUUGCCUAAGCAGGCGCUUUAGACUGCUGAGCUAUUUCACCGGCCCCUUUUAAUCACCCUUUAAAUUUUAUUUCCUUCUGUCUUGUUUCUCAAAGUAUUUAAUUAUUCCCUCCCCACCCAAUUUCCUCUUCAACCCUUUACUUUCCCUCAAAUCCCUCUAAAAUCAGUGAACUGCAAGCAGGGAAACUAACAAAUGUCCAUCCACCUGUUUUUGUGUGGUGUGUGGUAUGUUUUUUUAAUGUUUUUAUUUUUAAACUAAGCUUGAACCAAAGUCAAAUUUUAGCAAGCUGCUGUACUAAUGGACUAGUUUAUAACGUGCAGUUCAGACACAUUGAGGAGAUAGAUGCUACUGACAAUUUCUUUUCCAUUUGUCUUUAUUUUAUAUAAAAGCUGCUGCUUGUUUUUAACCUUUUGUGUUGAUAAAUUGUAAUAUCCUCUGAGCAGACAUUACCUUGAUUUUUAACUAGUUGAUUUAGGUUGUGUGUAAAUAGAAUGGCGGUGUCAGUUACUAAUUUCUCUCCUCUUUAUCAGCUUUUUCUCUUCUGUACUUAAUGGUAAUCUUUUACCAUGACUUGAUGUCUCUAACUUUAGUCUGUGCAGAUGAUUUUAGGGUAGGGCCAUGGAUAACGCUAGAGUUGCCUGUAGUAAAGAGUCCCUCCAAUAGGAGUAUAGAAGUUAAGAGAAAGGAUUCAGGGAGGGAAAUGCAGAAACCCACCAUAUUGGAUUAGAGGUCAUAGCAUUCAUUUCCCCAAAUUGCUACCAAAGGAAGUGUGAGGUCCCAAGGGACACUAGCCCAGUGAGUUAAGAGGAAAGACAAAGAAAGAAAGGCAGUUUUGGUUUUGUUUUCUGUGAUUAAAUGAUCACUCCCAAAUAAUAUUCACCAAUAGGCAUUAAUAUUGAAGAAAAUACUAAGUUUUAAACAUCAGUGUAAUAAUUUAUCAGUCCAUACCCUCUUUAUACCUAGUGUCUAAUCCCCUGUAGGGGGACUGCCUUUCUUUAUGUGGGUCACUUGAUAAGUGUAGAUCUUAAACCAGCAUAAAAAUCUGUUUUGAAAAGAAUGAUUAGAUCUUUAGACAAAGAUGACUUUAAUUUUUUUCUCUUACUUUACAUAUUUAAAAGUAAAUUAUGGAAUAGAAGGUACUUUUUCACAUGUGAAACACUAAUAUAGCUUGUGAGUGGGUGCUUAGUUUCACAUCAGCUUCCUAUCAUUAUCCCUAGGUAUUCUGUUAAUUAUACUUGCUUCAUGAACACCUUAGUCCUUUAUUUUUUACUUUUUAAGUUUUUGUUUGUUUUGUUUUAUUUUUUGUAGUACCGGGGAUCAAACUCAGGA